AUGUACUCGUGGACUCGGUCGAGGUACUGGUUGACUCGGUCGAUGUGGAGGUGGAUUCAGUCGAGGUACUCGUGGUGGACUCGGUCGAUGUACUCGUGGACUCGGUCGAGGUGGAGGUGGAUUCAGUCGAGGUACUCGUGGACUCGGUCGAGGUACUCGUUGACUCGGUCGAUGUGGAGGUGGAUUCAGUCGAGGUACUUGUGGACUCGGUCGAGGUACUCGUGGACUCGGUCGAUGUGGAGGUGGAUUCAGUCGAUGUACUCGUGGACUCGGUCGAGGUGGAGGUGGAUUCAGUCGAGGUACUCGUGGACUCGGUCGAGGUACUCGUUGACUCGGUCGAAGUGGAGGUGGAUUCAGUCGAGGUACUCGUGGACUCGGUCGAGGUACUCGUGGACUCGGUCGAUGUGGAGGUGGAUUCAGUCGAGGUACUCGUGGACUCGGUCGAGGUACUCGUGGACUCGGUCGAUGUGGAGGUGGAUUCAGUUGAGGUACUCGUGGACUCGGUCGAGGUACUCGUUGACUCGGUCGAGGUGGAGGUGGAUUCAGUCGAUGUACUCGUGGACUCGGUCGAGGUGGAGGUGGAUUCAGUCGAUGUACUCGUGGACUCAGUCGAGGUGGAGGUGGAUUCAGUCGAGGUACUCGUGGACUCGGUCGAGGUACUCGUUGACUCGGUCGAUGUGGAGGUGGAUUCAGUCGAGGUACUCGUGGACUCGGUCGAGGUACUGGUUGACUCGGUCGAUGUGCAGGUGGAUUCAGUCGAGGUACUUGUGGACUCGGUCGAGGUACUCGUGGACUCGGUCGAGGUGGAGGUGGAUUCAGUCGAGGUACUCGUGGACUCGGUCGAGGUGGAGGUGGAUUCAGUCGAGGUACUCGUGGACUCGGUCGAGGUACUCGUGGACUCGGUCGAAGUGCAGGUGGAUUCAGUCGAGGUACUCGUGGACUCGGUCGAGGUACUCGUGGACUCGGUCGAUGUGGAGGUGGAUUCAGUUGAGGUACUCGUGGACUCGGUCGAGGUACUCGUGGACUCGGUCGAUGUGGAGGUGGAUUCAGUCGAGGUACUUGUGGACUCGGUCGAGGUACUCGUGGACUCGGUCGAUGUGGAGGUGGAUUCAGUCGAUGUACUCGUGGACUCGGUCGAGGUGGAGGUGGAUUCAGUCGAGGUACUCGUGGACUCGGUCGAGGUACUCGUUGACUCGGUCGAAGUGGAGGUGGAUUCAGUCGAGGUACUCGUGGACUCGGUCGAG